UUUAAGUCUUCUAGAAUUCAUUCUCCGUUACCGAGAAAACAAUUUUUGACGUUGUUGUUUGCAUUGAUUCUCUUCUGAAAAUAAUGGGACAAAAGUGGAGUGGAACAGUUUCGAAAACACCAUCGAAUCCAACUGUCUCUAAAUCUUCGUCGGCACCAUCUUUAAAAUCAACGCCGAAAUCGGAUAGAGAAGACCAAGAAAAGUCUAAGAACAUGAAGCCAUCGUCGUCGAGCAGUAAUAGUCACCGGGCAGACCCUCCGAAGCCUAAAGAAGAUAAUGUGUAUGAGAAUCUCAGCUACAAAGGUUAAAACCAACAUGAAGAUCUUUUCGUACAUUUGUCCGAUUGACUUUUUAAAAUUAUUUUUAAUUUCAAUAAAUAGUUUUGAAGUCAAAUUUGUUU